ACUGAUUCAAGCAAAAUGGCGGACGACAAAGGACACGAGGAUGGUAAGGGCGACGAAGACGGCCGGGGGGGACAUGAAAAUGGCGAACAAUUGGCAAAUGGAGAAGAAGAUGAUAGUGAAUUUGAUGAUCCUGAGGGAUUUGUAGACGAUAUUUCUGAUGAAGAUUUGUUGGGUGAUGUGCUGUCCCAAAAACGGGGGGGAAUAGAAGGCACRGAGUCCAUCAUUGUUGUAGAUAAUGUACCAGUAAUAGGACAGGAUAGAUGUGAGAAAUUAAAGAAUGUUAUCAGGAAAGUAUUUUCUAGGGGGGGUAAAAUCACCUCAGAGUACUAUCCCAUGGAUAACGGCAUGACCAAAGGGUUUAUAUUCCUGGAGUUUUCUAAUGCUGCUGAUGCUUCAAGAGCAGUAAAGACAGCCAAUGGAUACAAAUUAGACAAACACCAUAUUUUUGCCGUCAACCACUUUGAAGACUUUAGCAAGAAAAUCUGCGUUCUUGGCUGCUUGAUCAAGACUGUAACGAUCAGUAUUCUGUUAUCCAUGGCGACAAGACAUCAAUCUUAUGGAACAGUCCACAGGAACCAAUUAUGGUUAAAGAACGACCAAACUGGACAGAAACCUACACACUGUGGUCCCCUAAAGGCACAUACCUGGCCACAUUUCAUGGACAGGGCGUGGCACUAUGGGGAGGAGAGGAAUUUAAACGAAUUAUGAGGUUUAGUCAUCCUGGAGUACAACUUCUUGACUUCUCACCGUGUGAAAGGUAUCUUGUCAGUUUUAGUCCCAUUGCAAGUAAUCCAGAAGACCCUUCAGGAAUCAUAAUUUGGGAUAUAAGAACAGGACACAAGAAGCGUGGAUUUCACAGUGGAGAUACAUCACAGUGGCCUGCCUUCAAGUGGUCCCAUGAUGGCAAUUUCUUUGGUCGCAUGGCAACUGAUAGUAUAAGUAUAUAUGAGACACCGUCAUUUGGUCUUCUUGAUAAAAAAAGUCUAAAAGUGGAAGGAGUAAAGGAUUUUCAGUGGUCACCAACAAAUAAUUACAUUGCUUACUGGACACCAGAAGACAAAGAYACACCAGCAAGAGUAGUAAUCAUGCAGAUGCCAAGCAGAAAUGAAAUUAGAGUUAAAAACUUGUUCAAUGUUUCUGAUUGUAAAAUGUAUUGGCACAAUAAAGGAGACUACUUGGCUGUGAAGGUUGAUAGGUACACUAAAAGUAAAAAGGCAUUGUAUUACAACUUUGAGCUGUUCAGAAUACGAGAAAGACAAAUACCUGUAGAAAGUGUGGAGAUGAAAGAACCUAUCAUGGCGUUUGCGUGGGAGCCCAAUGGAUCAAAGUUUUGUGUAAUACACGGCGAAUCACCAAGAAUAACAGCAAGUUUUUACAACAUGGAGAAUCAAGGCAGCGUGGAGUUACAAAAAACCUAUGAGAAAAGACAAGCCAACAAUAUCUUCUGGUCUCCUAAUGGACAGUAUUGUGUUUUAGCAGGCCUGCGCAGCAUGAAUGGUAUCUUGGAGUUCCAUGACACAUCUGACUGGGUUUGUAUGAACCAAGCUGAGCACUUCAUGGCUACUGACGUUGAAUGGGAUCCUACUGGACGUUUUGUAGCAACAUCAGUCAGCUGGUGGGCACAUAAGGUGGACAAUGGGUACUUUAUUUGGUCAUUCCAAGGAAAGCUGUUACAAAGACAUGCCCUUGAUCAGUUCUGCCAGUUGCUAUGGAGACCGCGACCUCCAACUCUUCUUAGUGAAGCAGAUCUAAAGAAACUAAAGAAAGAAAUGAAGAAAUACCAAAAGCAGUUUGAGAUCAAAGACAGGAUGAGCCAGUCCAGGGCUUCAAAGGAAAUCAUUGAACGUCGCCGACGCAAGAUGAAAGAAUUUGAAGGCUACAGACAGAAGAAAAUUAAUGAGUACCAGCAACAAAAAAAGCAACGUAUGGAAAUGCGACAAGGUUUGGAGACAGACAAUCUUGAAGGCAUUUCUAAAGAGGUCGAUGUAGAAACAAUUGAAUUCUUUGUCAAGGAAGAAGUAACCGAGGUNACAAAGUUUAAUAUCUUAUUGAAGCUAGUGACACUUGAAGUUAUUCAAUCAUAUACUCUCACCAGCAGCAUUCAUAUGAACAUGAAAACCUUGCCAAGCAGGGAAAAAUGA